AUGAACGCCCAGACCCAAGACAUAGUCAAUAGGCGAUUGGCCAACUUUAACAUACUAGCUACCACUGCAGCAGACCCAAACUUAGACCAAAUCAUUGCACCACAACCACUGCCACUGUUCCCAACCCAACCCAUGGAAAUAGAACCUAACCCAGGAGAUCAGGUUCCCGUACCCGCAUUCGACCCAAACGAAAUCCCUAGAGUCCCAGCACCAAAUCCUCUAGCUUAUGACCCAUGGGAGGAUGAACAUAGGGAUUAUCGAGAACUCUACCCACAUGAGGAACCCAUACCAAACCCUAUAGCACCAUACCCCAACCUCGACCUUCUAGAUCCAUAUUGGGAUGCCGAUCAGUAUGUUCGGGAAAUCCUAGAAAACCCAUACCCAUAUGGAGAACCCGUACCACAGUACCCUGACCCAAUACCCGCACCACCACCAUCCAUGAGUACCGAAAACGUGCAGGAACUCCGCACACUUGGUGAGGAGUUAGUAGAUGAAGGAGAAAGAAUAAGACAAAUAGGGGAAAAGCUCGUUUGGAAGUACGACGAGCGAAAUAUGUAA